AUGUGUCAACUUCCGAUGGAAUUAUUAGAAUAUCGAUUAAAAACUUUUGAUUCGGUUCCUUUAAUUUUUGAGAAUAUCAUUGAUGUCAUUGAUGAUAAUUUGGAUUCUUAUUCGAUAAAUUCACUCCGUACGAAUACACAAUUGGCGCCUAUAUGCAAAAACAGUUCAGGCGCCCAUUUCAGUGAACGAAAUGCUAUGCACUGCAUAAAACGCCCGUGA